GGUGAAAGUUGACGGGUCCACACUGCGAGUCUCAGGUCGGUGCAGACCGGGGUUGCGCAGUGCCGAGGGAAACCGGCUCCGUUAACGGCUUUUUAAAAACAGAAACGGCACUUCUAUUGCGUCUUUCUGGAAGAACAAACCCACGGAAAAGCAGCUGCAAAUUUGUGUUCCGGGAAAAAAAAAAAAAGGGCGCUGAGCGGAGAUGUCUGAAGGAAGCUCCGGGGACCCCGGUUCUGCUGGGGGGGUGCGCCCCGCUGCCCCGGGGGGGAGGGGGCUGGUGGGCAGAAGAGCUCCCAUCACCCCUGGCCGCCUGCCUGCCAUCCGAUCACGAGAUCUCACCCUGGGGGGAGUGAAGAAGAAAACCUUCACUCCGAAUAUCAUCAGCAGGAAAGCCAGAGAGGAACAGGCCGAGGUCGCCUCUAAGAAGAAGGAGAGAGAGGGGGAGCAGAGGCCCCAGGAUGGGAGAGGCAGGGGCAGAGGGAGGGGCCGCGGGCGUCCGGAGGUCAUCCAGUCCCACUCCAUCUUCGAGCAGGGCCCCUCCGAAGGCGCCGUGAAGAAGAGGGGCGGCUGCUAUGAUGGUGCGAUGGAUGCUCCCAGCAUGGGCCCCUCCCCCAUCAUCAACAUCAAGAAGGAGAAGAGAGAGACGGAGGAGGAGACCAAGCAGAUCCUGCGCAUGCUGGAGAGAGACAACUUCCUGGACGACCCCCGACUCCGCAGCAACCUCCAGAGCUGUCCGGUGCAGCUGCCCCUGGCCGUCUCGGGCUGGAUCUUUAAACAGGAGGUCAAGAGGGAGCAGCCGAAAAAGGAAGAGGAGGAGCAAGAGGGGGAGGAGAUGGAGCUCGACUCACACCUGGUCAAAGUGAAGGAGGAGCCGAUGGAUGAUGCUGAAGUGAAGAAUACAGAGCCUGUCUGCCAGGCCCCGCCCCUCCCCCCUGAGAUAGGAUUUGCUGAGCUGCUGCAGGGGUGGAGCCAGUGCAAAGGGGAGGAGCUUGUCUUCAUGCAGCUUCCAGACUCCCUCCCGGGGCAGCCGCCCACCCAGGACCAGCGGCCAAUCAAAACGGAGGUGAAGAUGGAGGACGGCCAAUCGGUGCUCGUGAAACAGGAGAUGAGCCAGGACGCCCUGCUGGCAGAGAACACCUGCUCCCUGAUGAACCUGGCCGAGGGGCAGGUGGGGAAGCUGCUGGUCAGGAAGUCCGGCCGCGUUCAGCUCGUCCUGGGCAAAGUGAAGCUGGACAUCGCCAUGGGGACCCCCUGCUCCUUCCUGCAGGAGCUGGUAUCGGUGGGCACUGGGGACGGCAGGACAGGGGAUCUGACAGUACUGGGGCACAUCAAACACAAGCUGGUCUGCUCUCCAGACUUCGAGUCUCUGCUGGAGCACAGGCAGUGAGGGGAGGGUGGAGGCACUGGGGCAGCUCUGCCCACCCACCCCCCCCUCCCCACGCUUUCAAGCCCUCCAACUCUGCCCUGCACUCGGAACACGUGACCCCUGAGAGGGGGCAGCACUGCGUGCUCCGCGAAAUCCGCACUCCCAAAGAAACUGCAAUUCCAGCGUUUGGCCACUGAGUGGCGCUGUGCUACACAGUGAAUUCAGAGUCGCAACUGAAAACGGAGGGGAAUGAGAAAGCAAGAGCGAUUGUGGCAGAUUUGGGCCGUCAUGUGCUGAGCUGUACAUUUUUGAGGUGUGUUAAUAUUCACAAUAGAUAUAUGAUCGAUUAAAUUGUUGAGCUGAGUUCUCUCUCGUUUAAUCUGUGUUUGUUUUGCUGGGAAUGGUCUGUGUUCUUGGGAGCUCAUUAUUAUUAUUAUUAUUAUUAUUAUUUUAAUUUUUUUUAACAGAUGUACUUUCUGUCUUGGUAAGGUGGGGUGUCUCAUGUUUUCAGAACACUUCAGUCGGACAGAACCUUCUAAAUAACAGGUGUGUUAAUGUGUGCCGCUCAAGUCACAGUCAUAUUGUAAACAGAGGUGGACAAUUGAUCUGAGUGGCUCUUGUAAUGCUGAGGUGUGCUUGUGCUGGAGUACCAUUCAGCACAGCAGCAUGCAGCUGUGUGGAGCCCUCGCUCUCACCGAGGACGUGGGCAGACUCGCUGUACAGCCACCCUGUUGUGUUAUGUUAUAUGUUGUGAAGACCCUCCUGUCAGCAAGAGAUCAGGAUGAAAAUUCUGUAACCGGCUCUCUUACAGACACGACCCACAAAACACGACCCACAAAACUCUCAGUUUUUCAUUUCUUUAUUAAUGUUUGUAAAUUUAUUUCAGCUGGUGUACAGGGGAAAAAAAAAAAGGAUCUAUACAUACCUUCAUUUCAGAUUGAAUCUGAUUGUUAAAAGGCUCACAUGUAUUUAUGUAUUUCCAUAACAAUAAAAAAACAGAAAAUUCAAAUACCUACAAAGCGUCUAUAUGACUGAUCCCUGCGUGUGGAUCGCUAAAUCGCUAGGUACAGCCUUAACAUAGCUCUAGUCCUGGAUAGCGUGAAACAGUGCAUGGCAUUCUAAUUAAAUAGAUUUUAUAUAUAUAUAUAUAUAUAUAUAUAUAUAUAUAUAUAUAUAUAUAUAUAUAUAUAUAUUAAAAAUGUAUUUUUAUCUGUGCAUGGGCGCAGAUGCAUUCAUAAGUAUAGAGUAAUAUGCUUUUGCAUUUUAAUAUAACUUCAAACCAUUCUACAGGAGUACAUUGUUCUCUAAUUUUUGCAACAGGUAAUAUUUUUGCGUGUACUUGCUUUUGUCAGACAGGAGCCCUCUACCCCCCCCAAUCCCUCACUGCAGUGCAAUUCCAACUCCAAAGAUACUGAAGACAGCACCCCAUACCCCUUGUAUUCUGAUAUGACGUGUUGAAGUUGGUGCCGGGCUGGCAAGCAUUACCCCCCCCACCUCUCCGCUCCGCUGUGAGAAACGCUACGAUUGCAUAUCGCCUGCUCCGCAAAAACGCAGAAACGGCGCUCUUAAAAUAAAUGAAUAAAAGAUUGCUUGUGCUUGUAUGGCAAACCAGAGUGUCGCUCAGAACCAUCCUAACCUCCCCCGCUCUCGGUCCACCCUCUCCCGACCACAAUUAAAACUAUUCUGAUUCAUUUUGCACGUCUGCCCAGGAGGCUAGUUGUUUUGUGUUUUGUAGACAUUGUGAAGGGAGAAAGUGCUGCAUGUUCUAAAUGGAGGCGUGCAUCGUUCUGGGUAGCACGACAGUGAAUGAUGCAACACACACACACACCUUCAGCUAACUUUUUGCUUUCGUCACCCGCCAGACUGACAGUCCGGUUUGCCAUACACUGCUGACGAAGCCUGUUCCUUUACAUGAAAAGGCUUGUGGAACUGUGGGAAAUGGAGUCCGAGGUGCUUGAGGUCCAGGGAACCCUGGGAGUUGGAGUCACCUUGCUGCUUUUCUUGUGUGUGUGUGUCCCUCUCUUACAGUGAUGCUCACUGGCACAGCCUCUACUCUCUCUCUGUCUCUCUAGAAAGGAACUCUGUAUGAAGGAGCCCUGUCUGUCUUGCACUAAUGGAAGCUCAAGGAAGAAAGUGCAGGGGUUACCCGAGUUUAUUGCUGCAGCUUGAGAGCUAGACAGAACAGUUUGUUUGUGAUGUCAACCUGAUGAUGGGCCAAAGGAUGGCUUUGAAUCCCACAGAGCGCCGUCCCCCCUCCCUCCCCCCAGAGCCUGGGGCCCCCUGAAGACCCCCCCAGAUAAGGGGCCGACGCUGGGGCCUGAUUCACAGUAAAGGGGUCAAAGUUAGCCAUGGUCACAGUGCUUGGGUUGCUGUUUUCAGCAAAGGGCCCUGAGUCUGUCCAGACCGCGGUGCAACGCCCCCACCUAGAGGUGAAAGGGGGCGCUGCGAGCCAGCCGGCAGAGAAAUGGUAGGUUUGAAUGCACUAUGUAGAAAUGAGCGACUCUCCACAGAUGAAUACAGAAAUGUGCUUUGCUUUACUGAUCCCACGCAUUCUUUCCUGAAAAAAGCCUUGCAUAACAACAUAGUCUAUCGGUGCUGACCUCCUCCCAAGACAGCGGUGUAGCAUGAUAUGUUUUGUAUUGUGACAUCAUUAUUCCACCAGCAUCUGCUUCACAGCCACAGUCUACAGAGAGGUGGCCUCUUGACUGGCGGUUUGGGGUUUGGGGGGAGGGUUUACGUUUAUACAAGUAAGCAGCUGCCUCAAGCUAGCUUACGUACCUUCGAAAAACGCAGGCGCCCCUCAGUCCUGGACCAUUGCAUUUGGGUGAUUUUAAAGAGCACUAUAGAUUGUGUGAAGAGAAACUUGCUAUUUGAUAAAUGCCCACCAGAUGGCACUGGUGUGAAGCAUGCUGUCAGCGCAGGUUUGCCGGUGAGCUGUAUUGCUGAUGAGAGAUGAGGGACUGAUGGCCCUGCAGGUUAAAGGGCUCCACCACUGCAGUUGGGUCCUGGGUUGAGCACUGGGGUCUAACUCGCUGAGCCCCACAGAGCUGAAGUACCCUCCUGGAGCAAACGGCUGUCUCCCAGGCUUAAAGCCGCGCAGGAAACCAAAGACACGGUGCGAAGCCCUGUAGUGGAGAUGAAGGCGCGGGCUGCUGUUUGCAGGAUGCAUCUCGACAAGGGCUUCGCAAAGACUCCCCUCCCCUCCCCGUCUGUAGAGUUU